AUGCCCGACGACAAAGAGGAUAGCGACGGUGAUUCUUCCGAUUCCGACAAGAAGAGCAAGAUGAGCUUCUCCUACUGGGGCGCAGACAAAAUAACAGUCCAAAAACCCGUUAUACGAGGCAAGCCAGGGGCUGGUCCCAGAAGAGGGGCGAUUACUGCAUCCUACGGGAGAGAAUCUUCUGCCAAUGCAAAGUUUGGCACUCGUCUCGUUUCUGAUGGGUCUAGCCAUGGUCGUCCCGCAAGCCGCCGACCAGGAACGACAACACCCGUUUCUCGACGUCCUGGGACAAGCACCGCUGCACACUCGGCGGAUGAAGGUCCGAACUAUGCGAAGUCGACCGUUACUCGGCCUGCUUGGGACACGAGCACGAGGACGCUUCCUCCGAAUGCUGUCGUGAGACGUGUUCGCAACGUGUCACAGGCUAGCAGGGCGACCACUGUGAACAAUACGAACACCAGCACCCAGACGCCAGUACCUGUCAAGUCACCUGCGCCCUCGGAAGAUUCUGGAGUAGGCCUCUAUCGACAGAUGCUUGCUCAAGACCCUUCCUUGAGCAACUAA